UAAAAGAAGUGUCAAAUCAAUGUGAGAUUGUUUAGGAUACGAUUAUCUAAAAAAUUAAGGUUAUAUUUUUUUAUUAGAGCAAAACCCACUAUUUAUUACUUGAAAAAUGGAAACAGACAGUGAUUUACCUACAUGUGUACAGGCCAGAUUUAAGUCAGAUACUGGAGAAGAAACAGGAAGUCCUCUUGACUUACCAUUAAAUGUUACUAAAGAUCAAUUAACUCUUAUUUGUAAUGCUUUAUUACAAGAGGAAGACAAACCUUUUCUGUUUUUCGUCAACGAUAUUGAAAUAACCUCGUCACUUAAAGAUGCUCUUGAUAUCAGCAAAUUAAACUCCGAAGAAGUCGUCGAAAUUAUAUACCAGCAACAGGCCGUUUUCAAAGUACGCCCAGUAACAAGAUGUACAAGUUCUAUACCAGGUCAUGCAGAAGCUGUUAUAUCAACAAGUUUCAGUCCAUCUGGUCAACAUCUAGCCAGUGGUUCUGGUGAUACAACAGUAAGGUUUUGGGAUAUAAAUACCCAAACACCAUUGCAUGUAUGUAAAGGCCAUAGCAACUGGGUGUUAUGCAUAAGUUGGUCACCCGAUGGUUCAAAGUUAGCAUCAGCUUGCAAACAAGGGCGUGUUAUGCUGUGGGAUCCAGUAUCUGGUAAUCAAGUUGGUAAAACAAUGAUUGGACAUAAACAAUGGAUAACAGCAUUAGCAUGGGAGCCAUAUUUAAGAAAUCCAGAUUGCCGUAAACUAGCCAGUUCUUCUAAAGAUGGUGAUGUCAGAAUCUGGGACACAGUUACAGGUGUCACUAUACUCAGUUUAACUGGGCAUUCCAAAGCAGUUACUUGUGUAAAAUGGGGAGGCACAGGCCUAAUUUACACAUCUUCCCAAGAUAGAACAAUUAAGGUUUGGAGAGCUGAUGAUGGAAUACUAUGCAGAACACUAGAGGGUCAUGCUCAUUGGGUUAAUACAUUAGCCUUAAGCACAGAUUAUGUUUUACGGACAGGACCAUUUCAUCCAAUUCUUGAUUGUAAAGAUCCUACAAAUAAUAAGAAAGUACUUCAACAAAGAGCCUUAGAAAGGUAUGAACAAACUUGUCAGCAGGGUACUGAGAGAUUAGUUUCUGGAUCAGAUGAUUUCACUCUAUUUCUUUGGAUCCCAGAAAAAGAAAAACGUCCCCUUGCAAGAAUGACUGGCCACCAACAGUUAAUCAAUGAUGUUAAAUUUUCUCCAGAUUCAAGAAUUAUAGCUUCAGCAUCAUUUGACAAAUCAGUAAAACUGUGGGAAGCAGCAACUGGAAAAUUUAUAACUACCCUCAGAGGUCAUGUACAAGCAGUCUACAUGGUGGCCUGGUCUGCUGAUUCGAGGUUACUACUGAGUUCAAGUGCUGAUUCUACAUUAAAAGUGUGGAAUAUGAAAACAAAGAAAUUGGAGCUGGACCUUCCUGGACAUGCAGAUGAAGUCUAUGCUGUUGAUUGGUCACCAGAUGGAUCCUAUGUAGCAUCAGGAGGGAAAGAUAAAGUAUUAAAACUGUGGCAACAUUGAAGCAAA